AUGCAUAAAUCGACAUUUCGAACCUUUUUAUUGGUAUCGACUGUUUUAUUCUCCCUCAUCACAAUUAUCUCAUUCUUCCGUUUUUUCAAGGUAGUCAAGCUUUUUUUUUUUAUUAUAUCCCAAUAAUUUUUCAGAGUUUUGAUGCGUUCAAAAAGGCUGAAGUUUUGCGAGAUAUAGUAAAAGUGCCCUUCCGUCCAAUUAACCAUCCGAUUAUUGAAGUUGAUUUUUAUCGGAAUUUCUAAUUUUGAUUUUUUUUUUUAGGUUAACGGAUCUCAAAAGUUUCCGGAUGAACCUAUACCCAUUUUAGUAAGUAAAUUUUGUUCGAAAAUUCUUUCUGGACCGUUUGAAAGCUUGUGUUGCACUACAUAGAAUUAUAUAUGAACUAUGUUUUUUUUACUUGUAGAAGGGUUUUCGAGCAAGAACUAACUUCGAAAGUUUGAAAAAGAUUUAAAAAUUAGGUGUUUUCGUGUAACCGUCCUGCGGCACUAACUCACCUCGUUUCUCGACUUCUUUCGUGAGUUUUUAAGAUGGAAAUGAUGAAAAUUAUGAAUUUUUCAGGUUACGAGGACCUGAAAGAAGGGAGAAGUUCCCUAUAGUCGUCACUCAAGAUUGCGAUGAUUAUUCUGUCAAAAUGGCUGCUUCCAAGUUUGGCACAGAUAUCGAGUAUGUAAAGGUGAAUAUUUUUGAAUUUUCUAUGAAAGUGUUGAAUUUUCAGCACAAUCAGACAGAAGUCAAUCUUCCCCCGAUGAAUAUGCAUCUCGAAACUUAUUACUACAUCGCUCAACACUAUAAAUCAGCACUUGACUAUAUUUUCAUUGGGAAAAAUUUUACGAGUGUCAUAAUUUUGGAAGGUUUUCAAAUUGUAGUUUGUCUUUGAAAAAGAGAUAUUUUUAGACGAUUUGACGAUAUCUGACGAUUUUUUCGAAUAUUUCUCGGCUACUCGAUAUUUAUUGGAUAAGGAUCCAACCUUGUGGUGUGUUUCUGCAUGGAACGAUCACGGGAAAGUGAAUUUUUCGAAAAAAGCUGAAAUUCAAGAAAUUUCUGGUAUCUUUUCAAAAGAACACUAGAUUGUUUCAAAACUGAAAAAAGUGUAGAAAAUUCUCUCGUUAAAAUAUGAAAUUUGAAAAAUUAGUCAACUUAUCAAGACACUUUUGUGAUUUCAUACAAGUUUUUGAAAUAAAAAAAUUUGGGAAAAAAAUGUUUCGGCCUGUUUUUAUCGAAGUUUGAUGAAUUUUGAGCAUCAACUGCACAUAAAAAAAUUAUUUUUUUGAAUGAAAUAAAUUUAAAUUUUUGUAAUGAUUCCCGUGGAACACACCUCAUAAGCUCAUAAAUGUGAAAAAAUCUGCCUUUUUUUCUUGAAAAAAACUUCGAGGAACUUCUUAGAAAUUUCAUGAGUGAAAGAAAAUAGAGAUUUUUUUCCUGUGUUCAGCCCGAUCUGAUCGAUUUGGAAGCCCCGGAAAAAAAAUUGUAUCGUACCGAUUUAAUGCCACGUCUUGGCUGGAUGAUGACUUCGUUUGUUCUAAUUUCAGAAAUCUGUACAAAAAAAUAUUUAUUCAGAAAAAAAUGUGGUUGCAAUUGAAAGAUAUUUGGCCGCCGUCGUUCUGGGACGACUGGAUGCAAUAUCCGGAGAUUAGAAAAGUUUUUUUCAACAUUUAGUUGUUAUUUUUGAAGUGUUUUUUGGUUCUAGGUUGUAUUAAAAAUUCCUAUUUUUGUUGUAUCUGGAAAUUUUUGUGUUUUAGAGGUCUUUUCCAAGAGGUUUUCUUCUGAAUUUUAUCUUUUUCUUUUGCUUUAAAGGUUUCAUAUUGUGCUUUCUUUGUAAAAAAUUCUUUUUUUCAAUUUAAUUCGGUCAUUUUCUGGGUUCAUUUUCUAAAAAAUCAUCAUAUUUAGUCAUUCUUCUGCUAUAAAAAAACCAAAAAAAUAAAUCACAUUUUAAAGUCAAUAAGAACCAAACUUAAUAGUUCGACAAAAAAAUUGGAUAGCUUUUUAAAUUUUUGGUACAAAUUAUGAUUUUCUAGCUUUAAACUGUUAUGAAACUAUUUUUUUAAAAUCCAUUUUAUGGUUUUGUACAGCAAAAAGAAGUCAUUUUUCUCUAUGGAAGGUUUAAAUUUACAUUUAUUUUAGGGAAGGCAAUGUAUUCGACCGGAAAUCGGCAGGACCGGAAUGUCAAUUCAUGGCCAGAAUGGAGCCAGCGGGUAAAAAACCCCAAUUUUCAGAAUUCACCUCGAUAAACUACUCUAAAAAAAUUCAAUUCAAACUUUCGCAUAUUUAGGUUGAAUUUUUCAUGUUAAAAAAACGAAUUUUUCUGAUAUCAUUUUGAUAUAAAAAAAGUUAUAUUUCAGUUUUUCUUGUAUAUUUUAUCAAAGGAAACCCUGAAAAAAUUCACCUUUAGCGGCCAAUUCUUCGCCGAGCACGUGUCGAAAAAUCGUUGUCAACAAAGGAAUUUGUCGAUUUUUCGCCGUCUCGAUUUGAAUUAUUUAUUAAAUGUAUCGAUUUUUUUCAUCGAAAUAAAGAUUAUUUUUUUGUAUUUUUUUAGGAAUCGUAUAGCCAAAAUUUUUCACGCAGAAGUUGAUUCGGCGGUUUUGGCAACACUGGAAGAAGUUCAGAAAGAAAUUAAAAAGAAGGAAAAAAAGCUUCUGGGAAGAAGUUUCGGUGAAUUUUUUUCAUGUUAAAAAAAUUUUUUCGAAUCCGUUUUUCAGACUUAUUGUUUUCUAAACUAUUUCAAAAAAAUAGUAAUAAUUUUUUCCAGAAUAAUCUACUCCGACGCAAGCGAUUUCAAGUAUAAACUGGCCAUUUUUGGUCUCAUGGACGAUUUGAGGGUGAAAAAAUGGGAAAAAAAAUCAUACAAAAUAAUUAUUUUCAGUCGGGUGUGGCCAGGACUGCCUACGAUGGCGUUGUCACUUGUUUUAUCCAAGGAAUUCGAAUUUUUCCUCGUCCCAAAUAG